GAGUGAGCUAGCAGAGGAGCGGAGCGCCGGGCGGGUCAAAGCCCUAGCCUUUUUCUCCGGUCAAACCAAAUCGAUCCCCUUUCCCCGCCGCGGAGUUGGCUCCGGCUCCGGCUCCGGCGGCGGUGGCCGGCGGGCGAUGAAUCCCGACCUGUCCAGGUGCGCCAGGCACCCGUCGCAGCCGCCAUUCACGGGCUUCUGCUCCGCCUGCCUCCUCGAGCGCCUCUCCGCCGCCGCGCUCCCGGCCACGCCCCCGGCCCCCUCCCCCUCCCCCCUUCCCACUCCCCCUCCCCCACCUCCACCUCCUCCUCGUCCUCGACCGGCCGAGGAGGGGCGGACCACGCUGCUCCGCCUCUUCCAGCUCCACGACCAGCAGGACCGGCCCCCCGGAGACCAAGAUCCGCAGGCCGACCCGCCGCCGCCGCCGCUGCAGCGGAAGCGCUCCCUCCGCCAGUCCUGCGAGUGGAUCGUCUGCUGCGAGCACGCCCACGACCCCGCCUCCUGGCUCCCCUCCCGCCAGUCCUGGGACGCCAACGACUCCGCAUCCGCCUCAACCGCCGCCGCUCCCAGCACCACCGCCCCUGCCUCGGCCUCCGCGCUCGUCCUCCACUCCGGCUCCAGCUCCAGCAAGGGCUCGCUCAGGCCGUGGUGGGACCGCACCCGCCGGGCGGCCAACCCGGUCACGGGCUUCCUCAGCAGAUCCCUCUCGUCGCACUCAUGGAGGGAGACGGACGCCGGGGCGAGCGCCCGCCCGCAGGGCGGCACCGCGGUCCGGAUCAACGGGGGCAGCCACUCCGUGUCCUCGUCCGCCGGUGGCCUCGACUCGGAGGUGUCGCCGGCGGACUCGCUGCACGCGCAUGUACAUAGCGCCGCCCGCCGACGCCGCGGCGACUCUCUGCUCCGGAGGUUCUACUGGCUCGGCCGCAGCAGCAGCGUCCACUGCCCGUCGCCCCGCCGGAGCCCCGACACCGGGAUGCUGCACUUCCACCACGCCCCCUCCACCACCACCAGGAGCAAGACCCAAGGGAGGCGUCUCAACCUCUUUGCUGCUCACAGCCACAGACAUCAUCAACAACAACAUUAGACCCAAGGGACAGAGAAAUGUUUCUCCUGCUGCAAGCACAAGCACAAUGUGUCCUGCUCCUGCUCCUGCUCCUGGUGUAAAGUCCCUCUUCAAUCAAGUUAACCAAAUGCUGCUCUUCCAUUUUGUCGCAA